AAGAAAGCUAGAAAGAUGCCGUGAAGUGUUUUGUGGAGCUGCGGUAAAAAUUCUGACGGACCUUAAUUAGGACAAGCUAAGUUCAAGGCCCCAAACCACUUUCACCGUGGUUGUGCUUUGAAUACCUUUACCGUGAAAUGGGCCUGAGUCAUUCUAAGGCUCACCCUCGGGUGACCAAAGUAGCACCCUUGCAAAACAAAGAGGAAGGGGCUCCCUCGGCCAGCCCCAUGGCCUUUGCGUUCGGCCAGAAUCUGGAAGGAAAGAGUUCCUAUGUGUUCACAAGGCUGCAGGAUCAGAAUACAGCUUUGGAAAGGCAGCCACCUCCUCUCCGAGAGACGGGGUGUGGAAGACACUCGGCAGUGCCCAGGGCCAUGUAUUUUGACAUCCCACUGGAACACGGAGAAACAAGUAUUAUUAAAAGUCAUCCACCCCGAAGACUUCAAAAGCUUGAACCCAUUGACCUGCCACAAGUAAUUACUUCUGAAAUGCUCCUGAGCCAGCAAGAAGCCAGAACAACUCACAAAGCAAAGCUGGAACUGGAAAAGAAGAUGCAAACUCCAGGGUACACUCCCGGGAAAAGACAAUAUUUACAUAAGAUGCAAAUGCUGGAAAUGAACCGUAACAGACAAGAGAAGAAGAGUCUUCACAGGGAGGCAAGAAUUAAUAAGCCAAAACCGAGGGACCGUAAAGCCAAGAAAAUCCUUCAAAGCAUCCCAAGACAUGACAGGGGUCUUCCAACCUUGUUGCCGGAUGAAACCUUGAACAGAAGAAGUCCAGGAAAUUCACAGAAUGAAGAUUUGGGGGAACAUCAAGCAAGGAAUGACUGUUGUCCCCGGAAAAUUGGCAAAAUGGAAACGUGGCUCCGUGAACAAGAGGCCCGGGGCCAGCUUCUCUGGGACAGUUCUAGCUCUGACUCAGAGGAGUUGACAAAAAGUGAGAAGAAACCACAGGCACUGGUGAGGACCAGGACAGAGAGAAUCCCAGUUUUUGAUGAGUUUUUUGAUCGAGAAUAAAAGUGCUGUUCGCUAACCUAGAAACUGAGCGCAUUGAAAGCUUGCUUCCCUGUAAAAGUUCUUCAGGUUAGUUGUAUGAAUUAUUUGGAGGAAACCCAUCGCUGUCUUUUCAUCUGGAGUCUUACAGUUAACAGGUUUGUCCUAUAUUAUUAACUAUGCUGCCUAACUGCCUCAAAACUUAGGGCAUUUGAUUGUCCCUCUUUUCGGUGGCUUGUGGGGUUCAGCUGGAUGGUUCUGCUGGCCUCUCGUGGGAUCUUUUAUGUAGUUAAAGUCAGACGGCAGCUAGACUGGAAUCAUCUGAAGGUUCAACCAGGUUGUGCAGGCUGCUGGACCUGACCCCUUCCCCUAUAGUCUCAGAGCCUCUUUACAUGGUUUCUCCAAGUGGUCCCUCCAUCAUAGUAGUGAACUUUUAUAUCAGCCCAGGACUCUCCACAGCAAGUGUUCCAAAAGGAGGCAGCAGACCUGCCAGUCCUCUUAAAUCCUCCAAAUGGAACGGGCUCCCCACCACUCUCACCACAUCCUAUUGGUUAAAGCAAGUCACAGGCCAUGAAAGAGAGGGCUACACAGGGCACAAAUUGCAGAGUGCUCUGUUGGAGUUCCUCUUUGAGACCUGCCACCACACCAUACUUUUAAAAAGCAAAUUAGGUCUUAUAAAACAAAUAGAUGGGAAAGUAGAUUUUAUACAAAUAAAAACGAGUUUUUAAAGAAAAGUCACAGUAAUACUACAUUAGACACUAAGCCCACGGAAGUCACUCCUUGGGAGUUAGCGGCUUGUUAUAACAGAGAGGCUGCAGGAAAGAGAUGGGAUAAGGUCAGGUGUGGAAGGUCAAGGCGAAUGAAAUUUCAAAAGUUAAUAAAGAUCUCUUAGAUUAUGAGGUAGAUCUUAGGACUCUUUAAGACUAAAAGGAAUCCUAGAAAUGUUCAGUCCCCAAAGUGACUCUAUUAACAAAAAUCAGAUUUUUAGGCGAUUUUAAGAGCUUCUUUUGUGUAAAAUUAGGCUCCACUCUUAGCAUAAUCUAAAAAUACUUGUAAGCCAUUCAGAAGCUUCUAAGAAUUUAGGGAAACUUUAAAACAAAACAAAAUGAAAACAUCCGUUUAAGCCUUCUGUAGGAAACAUCUAAAAAGAAAACAAAAAUAGGGAAACACCACCCAAAUUUGACAUUCAGUGCAUUCAGAUCAGUCACUAAGAAGCCUGCUGAGUCAGGGGAAAAACCUUCGUGUUCUUGAGAGGAUGGAAGACACUUAGGUCAUCCCUGGGCAUUUCUGUUCCCACGUCCGACUUUUCUGUGGUCAGUGAGAAGCAUAUUUGCUGCAAUGCAAUACAUAAGUUGCUUGACCAGCCAGCCUUCUUGAAAAAGUAAGAUCUCUGAGAGGAGAAAUGAGUCCAACCCAUUCCUCAUGUCCUCACACAUUACGGUUUACCUGGAAGAGCUUAGAACAGUUGCUGAAGAGAGCGGGGGCCCAAGCAUGUCUUCAUCGCUCUGGGCUAUGACUUGAGAUUGGACGACACCCCUUCUCUCAGCUUCCUGGCCUGUGAGCUCCAUCCGGGCACCGGCCGUGUCUCCUCCCUGUGGCACCCGCACUUCCUAGCACGACAUCUGGCACAGAGUUUAUUAUGAAAUGUUUGUUGAAUUUGUUAACUUCUGUGUUAACUAGGCAAUUAGAGAGGUGCUUGUUUCUCCCCAGCUAUGCGGUUGUUCAUUCUAAUCUCCGUCAUUUCCCAAGACUCACAGACAUACAAGGUUGAUGAUACAGUUAAAAAAGGGGGGGGGGAUUUUUUUCAAAAGCUUUUGGAAUUUAUACAUCUAAAUGGAGGGCAUAAAUUAAGCAUUGCCUUGGGAUAUUGGAGCAAGACACAUAUGCCAGUGAGGAUGUCACAGCUCAAAAUAUUUUUCAAGACUCUAUCCGAAGAAUGUUUUCCCUGUUGGAAUGUAUUUGCUCGCUCCAUGUGGAAUUCCCCCUCACUUGAUUAUAAAUUCAAGAAUUUGAAAUUAUGGGGCACCUGGGUGGCUCAGUCGUUAAGCGUCUGCCUUCGACUCAGGUCAUGAUCCCAGGGUCCUGGGAUCGAGUCCCGCAU